AUGAAUAUCAAAAAUGUGCAAGAAAAUUUAUUAUACCCUCUCGCCGAAUUAAUAAUUGAGAAAUUAAAAGAUACUAAUGUUGAAGAAUUACUCCAAAACUAUGAAGAAAAUAGGAAGGAGUUGGAAGAAAAAUUUGUUAAAAGAGUAAAAGACCUUUGUGACAUUUGCCAAGAACUAAAAAAUAAGGAACUAAACAAAGUAAUUACACCUUUAAAAAGCAAAGUUGAUGAUUUUUCGGAUUAUUUGGAGAAAUACAAAAUCAACGAUAAUAAGGAAAAAAACGAAACAACAUUAGAAUUAGAAGAAGAGGGAAAUAAAUUAGAAAAAAUUGUCGAAGUAAUAAAAAAUCUAGAAAAACAAGUAAAAACUUGUCAUGAAGCGUUAACUAAUAAAGAAUAUAAGGAAAAGAAAACAGAGAUUAAUUCAUCAGAAAGUAAAGAAUUAGAAACUCAAUCAGAAGAGCAACACCGAGCAACGAUUGAAAUACCGAUUGAUAAGUAA